AUGGUGAAGUGCAAGAAGUACGUGAAGAAUGCUGUAGCAGGAACGGUGGGUGUCCAUGUGAGCGAGCAUAGGGGCGAACCUGCGCGAUGUGCGCCACCCCCGCUAUUCCAGGAUUACGGAGAGACUGGCUAUAUAACGGUAGGGACGGCGUCGCGACGCUUUGUGAGCGUUGCAUGCACGAGAGCUGCCUGCUAUACAACCACAACUACACAACCACCCCUUGAAGCGAAUUCUACUGUAGCCAAACCGGGGAUUCCUGCUUUGGUCCAUACUUGGUGCAUCAGUUCAUUCCUACCUUUGGUUUUCCAUCGAGAGACGAUCCUUUCGAAGAAGAUGGCCAAAGUUCCCAUCGUACUUCUACUCGCCGUGUUCAUCAUAAGGGCGCAUUGCCAGGAGUACAUGGAUCUGGAUGAGAUCUUCGCGAGGAUCUUUUGCCCGGAGAAGGCUACGACUAUGCAAGCUCAGGCGUUGCGUCACGAUAUAAUUGGGAAGAUUGCUUCUAAAUUAGCGCGAGAGGGGAUUAACGAAGAUGAAGAUUUGGUGAGGAAAGUGGAUGAGAUGAAUAAGAAGAAGGAGUCCUACGAUGAUGACUACUAUCGCAUGGCUGCAUUUGGGAAACGCAAUUUGGCUGCUUUGGCUCGUGCUGGAUACAUCAGGACUCUUCCGGAUGAGGAUAAUGGCAAACGCAGCAUCGCUAAUUUGGCUAAGAACGGUCAACUUCCCAAUUACCAAAAUGAUGCCGAGAAACGCGGUAUAGAGUCUUUGGCUAGGAACGGGGAGUUGCAUAACAAACGCGAAAUCGAAGAUCUGAUCGAUGAGCUUUACGAGAAGAGGAAUAUUGCUAAUUUGGCUCGAAGCUACAGUUUUCCUUACGGAAAACGGUAUAUUGGGUCAUUGGCCAGAUCUGGGGAAUUGAAUAGGUUCCACAAUGAUAAGAGGAACGUCGCGUCUUUGGCUCGUGGUGGAAAUCUGCUUUACGGAAAGAGGAACGUCGCUGCUUUAUUGAGGCAGGAUAAGAUCCACGGUCCGAACGACAGGAGCUACGAUGACAUGAUGAAGUCCGAUGCGGAACGGGACUCUGGUAAUGGGGAUAAGAGGAACUUGGCUUCGAUCAAAGCAGGCUACAAGCAACCCUUCAAGAGGUCCGUCGAAACCCGCAAGAAGCGUCAAGCGGAUUACUACGAAAUCAACGAUGAGUACGCAUCUCCGGUACUUCAGAACCAGAACGUCUUUGAGUACGAAGAGCUCAUCAAGGCUUUAACCGGCGAAUAUCCCAACACCGACAAGAGAUUUUUGGGGUCGGUGGCGAAAAGCGGUUGGUUUAGACCUUCAGCUUCUUCGCGCUUCACCAGCAGAAUCGAUAAGAGGCACAUCGGCUCUUUGGCCAGACUCGGCUGGCUGCCUUCUUUUAGAAGCGUACGGAGAUUCAAUCGCUCCGGAAGAUCUAGCAAUGAGUGCUACAGGGAGGCUUCCGCAGAUGGGCAAACCAAAGAGUACGCCUUCCCCGAAGACAAACUACCAGUAGACGACAAACGCUUCCUGUUGCAGCCGGCCGUAGACAGGAUCCUUCUCCAGAGAGUCCUGAUGCAACCGCGCAACCACUAAACGGAUCUCAUUAAAACCGAACUUAUCCUGAUUUAACGUAACAAAAUUCAUAUCUUUUUCGAAACCGCAACCAUAUCAAAAUGAAAAGAAAUAUAAAAAUAUCAACAAUUUAGAACUUAUUUACAAAAAAAAAACAACAAAAAUAUCGUAAAUCCAGGGAAAUUCUUAAUCUAUUCUGUUACGAAUCAAUCAAGAAUAUCAUUUCAAGACAUAAUCGUAAGAUAUCCUAGGAAUUAAGUAUAGCAGAUAUAGGGCCAAUGAUAAAUCGUGUAUCCCCUUUUCCCCAAAUAAUGAAGACAAAAAAAAAGAAUAUUAUAA